UGUUUUGCGCAUCACAUUCCAACAUGGCGGCAUUCUCUAGGUUUUUCGGUUGCCCUAACUUGACAGGGUAAAAAACUACUCUUGACUUCGAUCCGAAAACUGUACCUCAUAUUGAGAUGUUUCACAGAGGAGGCCGCGGGAGGCCUCGUGGCUUUGGCUUUGGGGGGUUCUCUUUAGCAAGCGCUAAGAAAGAGUCAACUCCGCAAACUUCUUCCCUUAUCAAUCGAGGAGCUGCGAGAACGAAGCCAACAGCAGGGCCACUAAAGAGACAAGGGGCUCCUCCGCCAGAACGAAGAAUGCCUUUUGAUGAUGACGAUGAUGAUGAUCAAGAAGACCUCGAUGGCCGUUUUGCUGCUGGUCAAGAUGCAAUGUACAGACCUCUUAGUCCAGGAAACAAACCAAACGAAGAAAGUGAUGACGAGGAUGAACUUGAUAAGUUCAUGAAAGGAAUUGAGGAGGAGGUGAAAAAAGACACUUCAAAAAUACCUAACAAGACAGAGAAGGAAAAGCAAAAAGCUCGGCGUGAUGACAUAGAAGAUGAAGAUGACCAGGAGUCGUAUUUCAAUUACAUAAAGAAUGCUCCAGUUGUCUCGUAUACUGAUGAUGAAGACCUAGAGAUUGAAUAUGACAGUGAUGGCAACCCAAUAGUUCCAGAAAAAUCAAAGAUCAUUGAGCCACUCCCAAGAGUUGAUCAUUCUGAGAUAGAUUACAAACCAUUCAAUAAAAACUUUUAUGAAGAACACCCUGAAAUAACCAAACAGUCAAAGCAAGAGAUUGAUGAUCUCAGGAAAAAAAUGGGUAUAAAAGUCUCGGGGGCAAUGCCUGCUCGCCCAUGCAUCAGCUUUGCCCACUUUGGCUUUGAUGAACAGAUGAUGGCCUCAAUUAGAAAACUUGAAUACACACAACCUACACAAAUCCAAUGCCAGGCUCUCCCUAUUGCCCUGAGUGGAAGGGAUAUCAUCGGCAUUGCCAAGACAGGCUCUGGUAAGACAGCUGCUUUCCUGUGGCCAGCCCUUGUGCAUAUUAUGGACCAGCCUGAGCUACAAGUAGGAGAUGGGCCUAUUGUACUGAUCUGUGCACCCACCCGUGAGCUCUGCCAGCAGAUCUAUACAGAGGCUAGAAGAUUUGGCAAAGCUUACAACAUCCAUGUUGUAGCUGUAUUUGGUGGUGGGAACAAAUACGAACAAUCCAAGGCUCUACAAGAGGGUGCUGAAAUAGUUGUUGCAACUCCAGGUCGUUUGAUUGACCAUGUGAAAGCUAAAGCCACCAACCUGCACAGAGUGACAUACCUGGUGUUUGACGAAGCAGAUAGGAUGUUCGACAUGGGUUUUGAGCCUCAAGUUCGGUCAAUAGCAAACAAUGUCCGCCCCGAUAGGCAAACUUUAUUGUUCAGUGCUACAUUUAAAAAGAAAGUCGAACACUUAUGCAGGGAUAUCUUGGUUGAUCCUGUUCGUGUAGUUAUUGGAGAACUUGGGGAGGCAAAUGAAGAUGUGACCCAGAUAGUCCAUAUAUUCAAUUCCAUGCCAAGCAAGUGGGAAUGGCUCACACAGAACCUUGUCUCAUUUGCAUCAGCUGGAAGUGUUUUGAUAUUCGUCACAAAGAAGCUUAACAGUGAGGAGCUUGCUACAAAUCUCAGAAAGAAUGAUUUUGAAGUCGCUUUGCUUCACGGUGACAUGGACCAGUUUGAAAGAAGCAAAGUUCUUGGACAAUUCAAGAAGAGGGAGAUCCCUAUUCUUGUUGCAACAGAUGUAGCAGCUCGGGGCCUGGAUAUCCCUUCAAUCAAAACAGUUAUCAACUAUGACGUAGCACGUGACAUCACCACCCAUACCCACCGUAUUGGGCGAACAGGGCGAGCAGGAGAGAAAGGCAACGCCUACACGUUGUUGACCCAAAGCGACCAAAACUUUGCUGGUGACCUUGUCAGAAAUCUGGAAAUCGCCAAUCAAGUCGUCCCUGAGUCACUCAUGGCACUAGCAAUGAAGAACUCGUGGUUCCGCAAGUCUCGCUUCAAACAAGGGCGUGGCAAGGGUGCAGGUGGUGGCAAGCCUCGUGUCCGAGAGCGUCCGGGCCUCGGCAUGCCGGACAAAGCUGCCCAAGGAGUGUCAAGUUCCAGUGAGUCAAUGGCAACUAGCUAUUCAUCGGCCAUGGCAGCUCAAGCAUCGUCCCCGGGCCCAGCCAUGGGCGGCCGAGUGUCGGCGAUGAAAUCUGCUUUUUUGGCACAGUAUAAGAACCAGUUCCGGGCGGCAUCCUCAUCCAGUUCUUCCUCGUGGGAGGUCAGCAAGCAGAGUGAGCCCAUGAGACCUCCUGAGCCUAUCCAGCCCACAAAGAAACCGAAAAAAUCGCGCUGGGACACUGGCACAUAACUUAUGCUAUUGAGCCUGAAAUAAACAUCUGACUGUUUCGCCAUGUGGACACGUGACGACCCUGGAACACGGGCACGCUACAGCUGUCAGAUUAAAAUAAACCUCACGCCAUGUCACGCCAUGUGGUCGCGUGAUAAUGCUUGGAUACUGACUAGAGCUAGUCAUGCGAUGUGGCAGUGUGGUCGACAAAUAACUAUAGCUGGGCAUCUUCAAAUAAAGCUGAAAGCUUCACUGUGCGGUCACGUUAUGACGCUUAGAUUCUAACUUGAUUCAUGAGAGAAGCCGCAUGGCUUCAUGUGGUAAGAUGGGCACAAAACUCCAGUCAUCGAGUUGUCGAGACGCAUAACCAAAAUAUCGUGUCGAGAUUCGGUGGAAUUGGACACCAUAGUGACGUGAAAUCCGUACCUUGGUGGCCAUAGUGACGUGAAAUCCGUACCUUGGCGGCCAUAGUGACGUGAAAUCCGUACCUUGGUGGCCAUAGUGACGUGAAAUCAGUACCUUGGUGGCCAUAGUGACGUGAAAUCCGUACCUUGGUGGCCAUAGUGACGUGAAAUCCGUACCUUGGUGGCCAUAUUGACGUGAAAUCCCUACCUUGGUGGCCAUAUUGACGUGAAAUCCGUAACUUGGUGGCCAUAGUGACGUGAAAUCCGUACCUUGGUGGCUAAAAUGUGGCGAAGGCUGUACCAGAAAAUGGGUCUGAAAAUACCAAUAUUAUGUCCCACUAGUUGACGUCAUUCUUUGUAGAAGCAAAAAUGAAAAUUCAUGUACUAUUAUAAAACACAACUAACUGUAGCGUUUUCCAUUGUAUUCUCAAAUUUUAAGAGCAGAUUACAAAAAAUAAACCUUAAUUACUUUUUUUAGAGAUCCAAGGUUUCUCCUAAGGGGUUUGGGCACCAUUUCAGGGGUGGGAAGGGGGGGGGAAGGGGAAUGAGGAAAGCCGAGGCAAUUGUAUUACUAUAAAAACUAUUGAAAAGCUGUAGAAUAACCAGUCGGUCUUUGGAAUUCCUCUUAUAGAUUUUAAUAAAACUUCCUUUAAGUGUC